CCGCCGCUGCUGCAGUGUGUGUCAGAGCCGGGAGCUUCAAUGAGGAGGAAGCAGUGAAUGGAGAUGCGGCAGCGGGGACUGUAGGCCCGAAGAGCGUCCGUCCUUACCGUGUCCCGGGCCGGCUACUGCAGGUCUUCAUUCUUCAGCUGCCGCACCUCGGAGCCGGGUGUUCGGGCGAUUCUGGGAAGCACUUGAAGAGCCUCUCAUCUGCAGGUUGGGAGCCGAUAUAUCAACUACAACACUGGGAGUAGGUUUGGCUGGCAUGGGUAAUCUCAUUAAGGUGCUAACCAGAGACUUAGACCACAAUGCUGCUCAUUUUUUCUUGGAUUUUGAAAAUGCUCAACCUACAGAGGCCGAGAAAGAUAUUUAUAACCAGGUGAAUGUAGUAUUAAAGGACGCGGAGGGCAUCUUGGAUGACUUACAGUCCUACCGAGGAGCAGGUCUGGAGAUCCGAGAGGCAAUACAGCAUGCUACUGAUGACAAAUUACAGGAGAAAGCCUGGGGAGCAGUGGUCCCUCUAGUCGGAAAACUAAAAAAGUUUUAUGAAUUCUCUCAAAGGCUAGAGGCGGCAUUGCGUGGUCUCCUCGGGGCACUCACUAGCACUCCCUACUCCCCGACACAGCACCUGGAGCGAGAGCAGGCUCUUGCCAAACAGUUUGCCGAAAUCCUUCACUUUACUCUCCGGUUUGAUGAGCUUAAGAUGACAAACCCUGCCAUACAGAACGACUUCAGCUAUUACAGAAGAACUUUGAGCCGUAUGCGGAUUAACAAUGUCCCGGCAGAAGGAGAAAACGAAGUAAAUAAUGAACUGGCCAAUAGAAUGUCGUUGUUCUACGCUGAGGCCACGCCCAUGCUGAAAACCUUAAGUGACGCCACAACAAAGUUUGUAUCAGAGAACAAGAACUUACCUAUAGAAAAUACCACUGAUUGUCUAAGCACCAUGGCCAGUGUGUGUCGGGUAAUGCUGGAAACUCCGGAAUACAGGAGUCGGUUUACAAAUGAAGAGACCGUGUCCUUCUGUCUGAGAGUGAUGGUGGGAGUCAUCAUACUGUACGACCACGUGCAUCCCGUGGGAGCCUUCGCCAAAAUGUCAAAGAUUGAUAUGAAAGGCUGCAUCAAGGUUCUCAAAGAACAGCCCCCCAACAGUGUAGAAGGUCUUCUCAACGCUCUCAGGUACACAACAAAACAUUUGAAUGACGAGACUACCUCGAAGCAAAUCAAGGCAAUGCUGCAAUAACGGUGGGGCGUCAGGUGCUUAUCUGCUGUGGACACAAGGCCGUAUUCUGCAAUGACUGAGACUUACAGGAUUUUAGUGAUUGCAAUGACCGUUUCUGUCCUGCUCCCCCCCUCGUUUUAGUUUCCUCCUACGGAUCUCUAUCACUGGCCCUUUCUUUACCUUCCUUUUUUAAAUCCGUGUACUUGUUCUUAAGUAAGCUCUGACGUCUUUUUUUUUUUUUUUCUUCGUGCCAAAAUCAAUGGGGUUCAAACCUGGGGCAGUGUAAACGUUUUUUUCAAAAUGGCCGUUUCAGUGGCAGCUAUUUAUGCAUUGCAUUAGGUUUUUUUUUUUUUCCUCCGAGUUGGGGAGGAAAUUCUGUGACUUGAACUAAAUAUUUUUAAACUUUAUUUUAUUUUUUUUCCCUCCCAGAAAAUAAACUAAUAUUUAAUAUUGCUUAAACUGCAUGGCGGAACUGUCUGAUUCUGCUGUCAAGAGAAAAAAGUUAUAUAUAAAAAAAUACAAACAGAAUUUGUUUCUAUUGCGGCUUUUUUUUUUCCAUGUGCAACCAAGAAAAGAAAUGAGGACGUGUUUAACUUAACUGUUAUAAAAAAAAAAAAAAGAAAAAUGAAAAAUACUAUUGGUACCCAGCACAAUGAUUUUUUGAAUUAGGAAAAAAAAUACUGUUUUUAGGUUGCAUUUUGACUCAUUUUUGUAAGGAUGUAUGUUGUAUGUUUAAUCUUUGAUGACUAACAUAAAAUAAUGUGAUGUGUGCGUAACAGAAUUACGUAUGCAUGUUUAUGUCAAAUGGAUGGCUGUUAAAAUAAUAAAAGUCAGCUUUCAUUUUUCUAA